AGAAGAUGAGGUGAGUGUUGACUGAACAUACGAACUCAAAUUGAAAAUCGAUGCAACGAGAUUACGUUGUUUAUUUCAUCUGAACCAUUUUAGACACAACAUUUUAUCUUCUCAAUCGACGUCAGUUUUUCUAAUUAUCAUCUGCCUUGCCGAGUUCUUUGAAUGCCAGGAUGUCUGUAAUCAAACUGGAUGGACGACUUCGGGAAAAGUAAUUUUUGAAAAUAGUUCUUAUCGAUACUCUCAACAUUAUAUGUAUUUACAAAGCAUCAGUAUUAACCAGCCUCAGCCAUCUGUGACUACAAGUUUGGAUAAAUACACAGAUACUUUGAAUGUUAAACCAGAACUGUCGUUUAAAUAUUACAGUAGUCAGGUUAAAAAGUUCUUAUUUCCCUGCUGGUGGCAUAGAUAUAUACAGAGAAGAUUACCUCGGAUAUAUUGAAGCUUUUCAUGCAACCAGUAUAAGUCCUGAAUUUGCGAUUUUGAAUAAGAAGGAAUUAUUUGCUGUCAAAUGGUUUAUGAAUAAAGAAGUUGAUGGUAAACAGUUUACAGCCGAGGUAACUUACCUAAUACAUCCGAAUGGGAGAAUAGUUUUUUAUUAUGAUAAAGUAAGUUGUACAAUUGAAUGCAAAUGUAGUUUUAUUUCAAGUACUUCAGAUUACUCAACUAUUUCAUGUUUAUGAAUACUGUCAAAUAUAUAACUAGUUACACUGAACACGAAACAAAUGUAGCAACAUUCUGUAAAGUGCAAACGGAAUAUUUGACACUAUUAUUCAACCUUUGAUGACACAACUUAUUCAACCAUUUGUUCGAGACUGUGA